GGUUCGUAGUACUACAGGACCAAAUGCUGGAUUCAUGUUCCUUGGGAGUGGUGCAAUGGCAUAUGUCAAGACUCCAAGAGACAGUGUGUGUAGUUAUGGUGGACUUGUGUAUGCGUACGAUACUUUAAACAUCCGCUUCUGGAGACCAACAUCAGCCAUAAACGGCGGAUUGAUCUGCGUGUCCCAUUUCUUUGGCAAUGGUACCAACUCACAAUUGUCAACAUAUACUGAAGUGGUCAUUCGUUCCUGGGGUGUAGAUUCUAUUAGAAAUACAAGGACAUGGAAGUUUGAAGUACCGCAAAAUACGUGUAGAAAGCCAACACGGAUUCCUGUUGAAUAAAGAAAUUAUUGUCACAAAACUUUACUACUACAGACGGCAAUUUAAGAUCACGCUGUCAAUUAAAACAGAACAACGAACGUCUUUGACAAUAGUGAAAACAAAAAACGUUCAGGAUUGACAGAUUUUUAUUCAAUAAAAAACGUUAUCACAAAUCUUUCAACAUUUUAUUUCCAUUUUCAAGCGCUUGUAGACUGUACUACAGUUUUGUUACCGUAGACCAUUUUAACACGUGAUAUAACAAGUAAGGACAUAUAAACGUCUAAACUACCUAAAAGUUUAA